ACCAGCUCCAACACCCUCCGACGGCCUUUCUGUCGUGUGCAUAUGCCAACCUUGACUUUCGUUGUCUCCCCUUCGAUGAUCGUCUAGUACAUAGCUUCAAUGGGCCGGUACAACUUCACCGCCCAACGCGUGCAUCGCGCCGCACAAGCUCUCCUUGAUCAAGAACGCCUGCACGCUGCUCCUGCAUGGCACGAAGUCGUCUACACCGUCCCACCCCCCGAGAUUCUCACGCGAACCGUUCAACAGAUCAGAGCCCCGCCUCAUGGCCGGCGGAAGAAGCGCAAUGCCAAGAUGUUCAUGCCUCCGGAGCUCAAAUACCCAGAAGAUGAACUACGGAGCGAGUUCUUCCAUGACCACCCGUGGGAGCUGGCGCGACCGAAGAUAGUGGUCGAGGACAGCGGGAACUCUGCCAAGGGCUAUGAUUGGAGUAAGAUUACACAAGAUGGGAAAAAGCUGGACGGUGAGAGUGUUGUGCAAAGACAAGCAUGGCUAAUGCGACAUGAGCGGCUCGAAAAAGCGGUAGCAUAUGACAAAGCCCGCAAAGAAUUCUACAAAAUUCGAAAUGUUGAAGACAUUGCUCGACGCAUAGCGAAGGAAGAGGCAAUGGCAUACGGUGCCUACUUCGGCAAAGGUCCUCUAGAAAUAGGUAUGGAGCUAGAGAACAAGGCCUGGGAUAACUGGAGACAAUGGGCCGCAGAGCAGAUCAAGCUGGCGCAGUACGGCAAGGCUGCUUCUGGCUCCAUCGACUCCGGGCCGACUACGAGCGAAUACAGCAAAGAUAUGAUCGACGAGGAGGAUCCAGAUCAACUUCCAGAGAGUCUCGCAAUCAGCGAGGGGUAGCACUUUAAGCACCACAUAUUUGAAAAUUGUGUAUAUAUGUACCAACAAGUACAGUUCUUGAGUAUCUAUAGAGCAAAAUCUAUCAUUUACCACGGAUCACUACCAUCAGUAGAGCAAUACUGCGGAAUGAUACUAUGGUUACGACUCUCCUAACCCGAACAUCUUGAUAGAGUUCCGCC